AUGACGGAAUUGACUUCAGAAAUUGCGCGAAAAUUGGGUUUUAACAUUCCAAGUCAUGAAGGCGAAAAUCUUAGUGAUCAGUUAAUAGAAUUAGCUUCCAACGAUGAGGUAAUACUUCAAUCUGUAGCAAAAUGGUUCAAAUUAGGACCUCUUAAAGUGUCCAUGAUAAUCAGCGAAUAUAUAAAAAGUCAAAAAAAAGUAGAGAUGAACGAGCUGUACAGCAAAUUAUGUCUGAAGCUGAUGAAAAUAAUCUAG